AUGUCUCAGGGUUUUUGGGGCCGCUUUGGCUUGACUAGAGUAGAUGAAGAGGUGUGUGUAAGAGCUCUACGGAGCAGAUAUUCAGGCUGUCGGGUAGACGAGUUCGAGGAGCAGGGAUACUGCAGUUACACCAUGCGGAUCGCACCUGCGAGCGACAUUGAUGAUGGCUCAGACGGACAUGGCAACUCAGCAACGAGAAGUCUAGAAGAAACAGGAAGAGAUGAACUAAUCGUCCAACUUCGGCCUGCGCCUCACGCGCUCGAUCUCAACAUCACACAUGUCGCGAAGAAGACGUAUCCCUCACUGGCACCAACCGUCGCGGUCCUGGACUUAUAUCUACCGGCAAAUCUGAAAGCUUACGGAAUGGACAAACUUGCUGGUACACCUCUCCGCUGGUUGCUGCCGCGUACAUGCACUUUGACAGCAGAAGCGCAAGCAAAACUCGAGACAUUGAUUACGAGCUUUGCCGAUUUCAUAGUGCAAGGCUGGCAAUCUGCAUCGAAAGUGCCGGCGUCACCGAUAGCCAGAGCGACGCGAGCUGACUCGCCCAUGGAAGAUAUCACAGACAACGUCCUCUCACAGUGCCGCGGCAAAGUCGGCUCAAGCAUCAUCUACAGGCUGGAGAAGCUCGCUGCAGAGCUGCCCGACGCAGCCUUGAGAGAAAGAGCAGAGAAGGUACUAUCAGCUGUGCAAAAUCUGAUAGACUACCCCACUAUUCUGAAUCACGGCGAUCUCAUACCAUCGAAUAUUCUCGUUGGCGAGAACCGGUGGGAGAUCACCGGUGUGGUCGACUGGGCCGAGGCAGAGUUUCUGCCGUUUGGGACGUGUUUAUAUGGACUCGAGCAUUUGCUCGGAUACCUGCUGCCAGCCUCAUCGGACACUGUGCCUAGAUGGGUAUACUUUAGAGAAACAGCACGACUCCGAGAGUUGUUUUGGUCGCGCCUAUUCGCUGCUGCGCCGGACUUGAAAGCGCGCGAACACGAGAUAAGACUCAUGCGAGACAUGGGCGUGCUGCUUUGGCAUGGCAUUGUGUGGGAUGAUGGCGCGAUUGAUCGGGUUGUCAAUGGACUUGAUGACCAGGAAGAGCUGGCAAAGCUUCGUGCAUUCUUGGCAACAGAUUGA